UGAUGGCGUAGGAAAUCAUCGAGCAAGCAAGACGUCGCUGCAGAGACUCGCGACUAGGAAGGAUAGAAAUUUGUACUUGUUCGGUGAAGUGGUGCAGUUUUCCUGUGUCGUGUAGAGUGUAGUGCUUUUCUCUACAAUUCAUCCCUUUUUGAGUGAAGUGUCCAUGAGGCGAUAGCAGACACUUUAGCCAAUGAUUAAGGAGUGCCUUUAGUGCAAAGACUGAAACCUACCUGGAAGCGCUUAAGGAGUACCUCCCAAGAAAAAAAAAAUCCUUCCGGUCAAAAUCACACGCCUAACCUCUCUCCCUUAUCCUCCUUGUCCUUGUCCGAAUCCUCUCCUUCCACAGAAUCCACUAAAAUCUCAUAUCCCACUGUAAACGUAUCCGCGACCUCGACAUAAAAACAACCAUGGACGGCAUGGAUAACAACAAGCCGGUGUUGAACGAUGACCCAUCGGUCACGUUAACCAUUCGCCUGAUUAUGCAGGGCAAGGAAGUCGGAAGUAUCAUUGGUAAAAAAGGAGAAAUUGUCAAGAGGUUCCGCGAAGAGUCUGGUGCAAAGAUUUUGAUCUCGGAUGGAACGUGUCCCGAGAGAAUAGUGACGGUAACGGGGCCCACAAACUCAAUUUUCAAGGCGUUCACAUUGAUAUGCAAGAAGUUUGAGGAAUGGUGCUCGCAAUUUCACGAUAUGCAAGGCGGAGGAGCCGGUGGCGGUGGUGGUGUACCGAGACCACCGAUCACCCUGCGACUUAUCGUGCCCGCAUCACAAUGCGGCUCGCUCAUUGGAAAAGGCGGUUCAAAAAUCAAGGAAAUCCGUGAAGUGACCGGUGCGUCAAUUCAGGUUGCAUCGGAGAUGCUGCCCAAUUCGACAGAACGCGCUGUCACCAUAUCUGGCACCAGCGAGGCGAUCACGCAGUGCAUAUAUCACAUAUGCUGCGUCAUGCUAGAGUCCCCUCCCAAAGGUGCCACGAUCCCUUAUCGCCCUAAACCCCAAGUUGGUGGGCCAGUGAUCCUGGCUGGUGGGCAAGCAUUCACCAUCCAGGGUAAUUACGCGGUGCCCGCCCACUCGGACAUGGGCAAACUUGGAAGUAGUCCUUUAGCCGGAUUAGCAGCCUUGGGUCUUGGAGGUUUAGCAACACCCGCUAACACUGGUGGACUGAAUCCAGCUGCGCUGGCGGCUUUAGCCGGAAGUCAGUUACGGACCAGUAACACAAAUAGACAGCAGCCAGCAGCCAACAACCAAACGCACGAAAUGACUGUGCCUAAUGAAUUGAUUGGCUGUAUCAUUGGAAAAGCUGGAACCAAGAUCGCAGAGAUUCGUCAAAUCUCCGGAGCUAUGAUCAGAAUCAGCAAUUGCGAGGAGAGAGAGGGUGGUGCUACAGAUCGUACGAUCACAAUCACCGGAAAUCCAGAUUCUGUAGCGCUGGCACAAUAUCUCAUCAAUAUGAGGAUAUCAUUAGAGACCGGUGGUAUGGCGAUUCCAACAUUUCAAUACAUCACGCCAAAUCAUAUCGUCAAGUCCCCCAUUCACUAGAGUGGAAAUUAUCGCAAAUUUUUCGCGGGACACCCAUCGAAGGACGCAGUGUCGCGACGAACCUGUCAAUGGCAUCUGGGACUUGGCCGCAUACUGUGUUCAACCAGCUUGCUAUAAAAUGACAUGAGAAACAAAAAAAAAAGUACCACAUACACAAUGACAGUCACUAGGUAACUAUAUAUGAACACACGGGGAAAAAAAAUACAUUUACACAUUAUCAACACAGAGAGAGACCUAAAAAACACACACACAGACACACGAAAACAUACAUACACAUACGAGAGACUGCUUUAACGCAUCUCGCGGACACUCGAGUGUACAAAAACUGUACAAAAAAAAAACUAAAAAAAAAAAAAAAUAAUGCAACGCUGCAGCAUCACGCUGCUGCCGAUUGGUAAAGGGAACAAGCCAAAGAUACGUUAGUUUUCAUUUUUAUAUUUAAGACGAGAGGAUGAAAAUGAAACAAAAGAAUUAUUAUUAUUAAUUAAUUAACUAAUUAAUUAUUGACUAUUAAUUAUUGUACUAUUAUUAUUUUUACUAGUACAAAAAAAAAUCGGAUACUUUUUUAGACCGGUUGUUAGCAUUUUAAAAAAUCGUAUUUCACAAAAAAAAACAAGCAUUUCACGAAUGAGAUUCGUGAGAAAGCGUGCGCGCGCGAAAUAUUUCCAAAAUUUUAAAUUUUACUUUUUUUUAAAAAAAUAUUUCGCGCGCAGAUUCUUUUUUUUUUUUAAAAAAGAAAAAAAAGUAAAUGUCGCGUGGUUAAAAAAUAAAAUUGAAUUUCGAAUUCGCGUUAGCGGCACACGAGAAAUCAUUUUGUGAUACUCAUCGGAGCUUAUAAUUGAAUAUAUUUAUUUUCUAUUCUAUUUUAUACUUUCUAGCGAGUAGAGGAACAAAAAAAAGAAAAAUUAUUAUGAAAAAGGGGGUUAUAGGAUAAAUUUCCCAACAUAAAAAAGGGACAUUUUUUCUCGUGAGCUCAACGCACAAAGAGCGCUUAUAUAAAAAAAAAAAAAAAAAAAAGGAAUAAUGAAAAAGAGAGAGAGAAAAAGAAAUAAGAGGUUGUAUUUAAUAAUACAAUUUUAUUAAGCGAGUCGAUCGCUUUUAAUUGUUGCGCAAUUUCUAUACGGCAAGGACGCGAUUCAAAAGAUCAUUUCGGGUUUAACGAUCGUCUGACAUUUAUUAUUAUAACGUACGAAAUUAUGUGCUGAGAUCGUCAUAUUUUCAAAAUUUAGAAUUUUGAAAAUAUAUGAGAAUAAGUGAUUUAUAAUUAUAAGCAAUUAAAUUUACGUCUGUUUCUGGGAAAAUAAUUUCGACAACUAUUCGAGUAAUUUAUUAAAAAUUCAAAAUAAUUUUUCAAAUUUUUGUCCAGAUUUUGUUGAAUUUACAAAUUGUUUUAAUUUUUUAUCACCUAUGAUCAUUGAUGCAUUUCGUAUGUCCGGGCAAUGCUUUCAAAUAUAAUGAUCAAUGAAAAUUUUGAGAAUAUGUUUAAAAAAAUCAUAUCGAUAGAAAUUUUGAAUUGAUCAUUCUGUUGAAGUAUAUCGAUUCGGACGCGCGAUAAAAGUGGCUUCUGUUGAGAGAAAAAAAAAAGAUGAAAGAAAAAGAAAAUUAUUAAGUGAAUUAUAAAUAAAUAACGAUAUAUAGUAUAUAUACAAUAUAUAUAUAUAUAUAUUUAUUAUACGAUUAAAAACAAAUUAAUUAGAGGAGAUAGAGAGCAAUGAAGGUGCGAGAUCAAAGCUUUCUUUGCUUUGAUUAAUAGGAGGCGUCCUCCUUUCCUCGACCCCUUUUUCUCCCUCCUUUAUAAUCCAACCAUUGUCAACGGACUGACAAUCGAUUAAUUUUUUAAUUAGUCGAUUUAAAAUAAAAUUUUUAUUUUAGAAUAUAUUUUUUCUAUUUUCAAUAUUAGUUUUGAAGACAAGAGUUGUUUUCUUUUAUCAAUAAUUUUGAUAAAAUUCAGUGCAUAUAUAUGAAGAAUUUAGAAUUCUUCUAAAUUUUUCUUUAAAUCUGAGAUUAAAUUAUCCUAAUUUAUUAUUAUAGGCACGCAGCUUUAAUUAUAUUUUAGAAAUUGAAUUUGAAAUUAUUUUUUCUUUUUUUUUUUUUGUUUAAAAGACUUUAUUGUUUUUGUUAAUCUCUUGUGUAAGUUUAUACAAAUUUUUAUUUAAGAAAAUUGAGAUUUAAACAGAAAAAUUGUAAUUUAUUGUAAUUCAAAAUUGUAAUUUAAAUCUUAAUAUAUUUUAUAGACUUCUAAGCGUAUAUAAAUAAAAAAAAAUGUUUCUCAAAGUACAAUAAUAAUACUCUUAAUGAUGACGAUAAUUUAUUAAGAAAAUAUGCGCUAAGAUAAUAUUGAAAGUUUUUAUUAUUAAAAUUAAAUUAUAUUUUUAAAUUAUGUAGCAAUAAGUUUUACAAUAUUAGAAAAUAAUUGUGACGAAAUUUCUGUUAAAAAAAAAAAAAAAAAACAAAGUGAGUGAGAACAUUAAUUUUUCGGAUUAAUAAAUUAAUUUAAAAAAAUAUAUAUUUAUUGUUGAAAAUCGUCUUUCGAUUUCUGGUCCGUUGCAACAUCGAUCUCAUUUCUAUCCUCGAAACGUGAGGGUCCAUUCUCCUCUUCCACUUCCCCAACAUAAGAAAUAAAUGUUGCUUACACGAUCUCAUAAAUAUCGCGAUUAGGUGGUUUUUUUUAAAUUUCUAAAAAUUACCUGUUCAUAUCUAUUUAUCAAAUUCGCGAAUUAUCAAAUUGAAAUCACAAAAUUCGCAAUUUUGUACCUUUCAACGAAAAGGAUUCAAUAUCUUAAAAUUCAGUGUUCGAUUAGAUUACAAUUUUAAUCGUAAAUUUUUUAAUUAACAUUUUUAAAUAUAAUAUUAAUUUAGAAAAUUAUUUUACUGACAAGAUUUAGUAAUUAAAUUGAUGAUUUAUUUUUUAUAAUGUAAAAAUGUAAUAUUUUAUAUAAAAAAAACUUUUUAUAAUAAAAUUACAGGAUAAAAGUCUUUACCUCUUCCUGUUUAGAUUUCAACAUAUCAUAGUAAAAAAAAUUCUCGAUAUCUAUUUUCAAUUUUAUAAAAAAAAAUCGUUUUUUCUUUUUUGAAAAAAAAAACGAAAAAUAAACAUCGAACACUGAUUUAAAUAGUCAAGGGUCCAUAAUGUCGUUGCAAUAAAUUCUAGAGCGUGUAAGUGGCGACGAAUUCUUACAGACAAAUACAAUAAUAAUCAUCGUUUUUCCUAAAGAAUAAAGAAAAUAAAACCUGACAUAUCUUCGAAUCGUACUCGAAUACUUUCGGUACGUGCCAACAAAAAAAAAAGUUAAUCGAAUCGUAAAUCGUAAACCUUUGCGCUUCCUAGAAAGACUUUUUGAUUUUUCAAAUUUCUCGAAAGAAUUUUAAUCAUUAUUUUUUUUUCUUGUAAAGACGCUCAAAUUGUAAAGAAACAAAAAAAAAAUCUAUCCGUACGUUCCUCUCGUCGUGCAUUUCAUCUCUUAUACAAAAAGAGACGAAAAUAAUUAAUCUUGACAGUUAAGGGGUUAGGGGUAGUCAGAGGCACGAAAAAAUGAGAAUUUUCAGUAUUUUUUUUUUGCUAUUAAAUAAUUUUAUUUUACAAAAGUAGUAAUAUGGUAUUAUUAAACAAUGUUUUGACUUGAAGUCACGAAAAUUUCAAAAAAAAAAAAUUUUUAUUUCCGAAGUUACAGCUGUUUGUGUUAACCCAGUUCCAAAAAAAGGUCCUUGCGGUGACAAUCAUAAGUCCUUGGAGAUUAAUCAGAAAUCAAUCGGAUAAAAAAAAUUAGUUUUAUAAAUAAAUAAUCCUGGGCCUGAUCGAAGGAUUUUUUUUUUUUCAAAAAUUAACAAAAUGGCGGCCUCAGGAAAUUUUUGUCUAGAUUUUUGGGAAAAAAUCAACAGUUAAUUGGUCUUAAAAAAUCGAAAUUUUUCAAAAAAAAAAAAAUCCUUCGAUCAGGCCCGAGUUUAUUAUGUAUUCUAAAAGCUGUAUAAAUUUCAUUAAAAUCGACUGAGCGGUUUUCGAGUUAUAGUUGUCACCAGUUCAAAAAACAUAGUUUUGAGAAAAACGCGUUUAGUUUCACACUAGAUUUACGUACAAAAAAACGAAUUAUUAAAUUACUUACACCGAGUCAUCUAUUCCUGGGCCAUAUUAAUUUAGGUACUACUACAUAUACCCAAGUCUGAGUUCAUCGAUGACAAUAGAACCCUAAAAGCCGAUUUCUUGCAGCUGACACUAGCUGCAAGCGCUCCCGAACGCUUUCAAAGGCCCGAGCUCUCUUUGUUAUUUGUCGAAUAACUUAAAAACGAAUUAUCGGAUUAACUUGAAAUUUUCAGAGAUUAUUUUUAAGAUAUUUUACUUAACGAAAAUGCAAAAAAAAAAAAUUUGAUUUUUUGAAAAUUCUGACUACCCCUAACCCCUUAAAUUAUUAACCAAAAUUCACACACGUUUCAAUGGCUUCCAUAUAUAGAUAUAUUAUCCAGUUAAUAAACUAUACGGACUUCCCAAAAUGUACUGUUGCUAAUUAAUUAAUUUUAUCGUACAUGAUUUCAAUAUUUAAUUAUAAUCUAACGAAAAUUAAUUAACUAAUGCAACUGUCAUUUAUCACCACAUCUUCCAUCAAAUAUUCUAAUUCUUCACUCAAAUAACAUCAAGUGAGAUUAAUUUCAUAUGAUAUAAAAAUCUUAACUUGUUUAAAAGAUUUUUUCAACAAACUUUUUCUCUAAAAGAAAUAUUUUUAAAAAUAAUUUGAAUAAAUAAAAAAUGAAAAAAAAACAAUUUCGGGAAAAUUUUACAUUUACAACUUUGAAAAUUAGAAUUGCAAAGGAGAUAAAAAUUAUUCCUCACCUUCUUUCAACUACUAAUUUUCACCAUCUUAUGGAGCUUUCAUCGAUGCGAUUAUACCGAUCGAUUCAAUCUCGUCUGGAGUCAUCUUUUUCAAUACCCCAGACACUUUCAAAACGUCUUCGUCUUUCACCAAUAUCACAAACCUUUCUCUAUCUCUUUUAAAACGAUCUACCCACCCUUGACCCCUUUUAAUCCUCUCGAUAGAUAAAAUCCCAUUGAAUUAAAACCAAUGGAACAUUGAAAAAUCCUAUGGGCCUUUCUAGGAUUUAAUUACCUUUGAGCUUGAUAUAAAAGAAUUUUGAAAAAAAAAAUUAUUAGAAAAGAAUAAUCAAUUUAUUAUGAUUUAUUAUAAUUAAUGUUUUUUUUUUAAUAAAAAGUUACAUCUCCGAAAAGCCCAUGAGAUUGAAAGUGCUCAAUUUAAAUUUUUACUUCAUAAUAAAUAAAAGGAAAAAAAUUUUUUGUUUCUUUGGGACGUUAAUAAUAAUAAUAAUAAUAAUAAUAAUAAUAAUUUAAAAGGAGUAGCCUCUUGUAAGGGACAAAAAAAAUGUUUUUUAAAAAAAAGCAAACACAGACAUUGAGCUGUAGUGAGACGCUGUAUGAUUGUGUAUAUCAACAAUAAAUAUUGCUGUGAUUAGAAUUGAUUAUAGUGUAGUAAUUAAGGCCAAUUUUUAGGUACACAACGGAAAGAACGGGGUUUAAGAUUUUGGGAAUGGGGGGAUAUGGGUUACGAAAUCUUAUCUAGGGAAGUUAUAAAUCAGAGAGGGAAUGAAAUGUGUCGAAAAGAAGCGAAGAAAUUGUAAAGAAAAAAAAAAAUAUAUCAUUUGUGUGAAAAGACAAAUUUUAACCAGUGAAUUUUACCAGAUAUAAAAUGACAAAAUAAUAAUAAUACUUUGCGGGAAUUUGUGAUUCUGAUCGUCCUUAAUCGACGCAGGCAAUCUAAAAACUACGAUCUUUCGGAAAGACUGAGAAAAAGAAAAAUUGUUUAUAUUUCUAUUUUAAGGGGAAAUUUUUUAUUUAUUUAUCUAAAAAAUUAAUUAUUUUAUUAUUGUAAUUUAUUAAAAUAAUUUGUAUAGUUUAAAGAUUACAGCGUUGCUUGACGUAAAAAUUCGGAUUUAAAUUUAAUGACAAAGAGGAUUGUAAUUAAUUUUUUUAAUCAGUAUUAAUGACAAAAUUGUGAUACUCCUGCAACGCUGUCAAAAGACUGAAUUUAUGAAAAUUCUAAAUUAUAGUUAACUAUUUUCUCGAAAUUAAAAUUAUUGUCCUUGAUAUUAGGAGUCGUUCAAAAAUGUCAAAAGCUUUUAUUAAUUAUAUAGGAAUUAUUAAUAAUUUGUCAAAAGAAUUAAAAAUAUUUUCAAAAAAACAAAAUACAAAUUAUUUUAAUUUGAUUUUGUAUUAUAAAAACUUAUUUUUUAAAUUUUUUGUUUAAAAAAAAUUACAGGGUAAUUUCAAAUAAUAUGAGAGAAAUAUUUUUAUUAUAAUAAAAAAAAUGCUUCUAUUCUUUUGGACGACAUAAUUAUAAUUUUCUAGUCUAUAAAUUUUUUGUUUUUAUUAAGUGAAAUUUAUUCGUCAAAAAUCUCUCUCUCUCUUUAAAAAAAAAAAAAAAUACCAAGAAAAUUGGUUGCGAUUUAUUUUUUAAAGUGCAGUAAAAAGAUUUGAAUUCAUAAUGAUUAUUUAAAAAUGAUAAAAAUUGUAAUUAGAAAUUAAUUAUCGCGAAUAAUGACGGUCAGCCACGAAAGCCACAAAGGAAUAUUAAAUUCAUGUAUACCUAAGUAUUAAUGAAGAUUAAAGUGGUUCAAUUCUACUCUAAUCUUCUCUAAAUGAAAACUAUCGAUGGAUAAAUAUUAAUUAAAACAAAAGAAGAAAAAAAAAGAAAGCAAUUUAUCGUCGAAGUAUAAUUCUCGAAGCAUAUCCGGUAACACAUAUGAUUACGAUAUAUCUCUUUGCUCCAAUACUCACAACUCGUAAACACUUAAUCAAAUCGUAUUAAAUGAAAAUGAAUUAACGUCGCUGAAGAAAAAAGAAUCCAUCAUUAUACUCGGAACGUUAAAAACUAACAAUAUUAUUCUAGAAAAGGAAAACUUUCGAAAAGAUCGUUUCUCGUAGGAGUCGUAGCUGCGCUAAGUAAACUCUUUGCGUCAUUUGUAAUUUGUAAUUUCUAAGAGUCAACGUAAAAAAAAUCGUGUGUGUUUAAGAUUGGUAUACAUGUAUUUCGUAGCGUCUUAUAAUGUUCGUUCAAAAUCCGAAGAUGACAAUUUCUCUUCGGUACACGAUUAUUAAAAAAAGAAAAAAAUAACUUUGAAAGCUAUUUAAAAAAUAUUCGUAAAUAAUGAGAAUUAAAAAAAAAAUUUUUUUUUUUUUUAGAGAAAUUGUACAGAGCUUAUUUUUGUGUUUUGCUAUCGCUCGUAAAAAUAAUAAUACGUCAAUUUCUCUAUAUUAUUCGCGACAAAAUAAAUUCACAAUUUACGGGAAAUUAAAAUUAAAAUUUAUUAGCUCCCAUUCAAUAAAAGACGAGAAAAGCAGAAAAAAAUCGAUUUCAAAGCGUGAGCAAAUUAAUUUUAGAAAAAAAGCAGAAAUAAUCGAUCGACAAUUUCUUAAUUAAAAUCAAUUUAUAAAUCAUGUCUUUUAUUGAACGUUCUCGAUGUCAUUCUUCUUUUUUAAUAUGUCAAAGUUCCACAUUAAAAAUUUGCUCUUUUUGUCAAAUAUAACUGUCCAAGAUAUUAAAUUUUAACAACUCUUUUUGUCAAAUAAAAAAAAAAUUUCAAACUUAUUCAAUUUUCAUGACUCUUUCAAUCAAAUUUUAACCGGCUCUCUUUUUGUCGAUUAUUCUCAUUCUAUACUUGAAAAAAAAAAUCAAUAAGAAAAUAAAUCAAUUUUUCGACAUUCUAUAGUAAAAUGUUAAAGUAGUUUGUAUGUUUUAGGAGGGCAUAUUGUAUAAUAAAUAUAAUGUAUAGAAUGUUAAGACAGUACCAUUGAAAAAAAUAGUAAUUAACGAUAUUGCUCAGCUCAGAUUAUUAUAGUCACGUUUUCUAUAGAGAUUUAAAUACCAUUAAAAAAAAAUCUUACAAAAAAAAAAAUUUCGAAGGCGAGGGAGGUAGUUCUACCAUACAAUACUAGAUUUCUAAUUAUCUAAUAUUAAACUAACUGUAUAACGUGUGCAAUAAAAAAAAACAAUUAGAAAUAUAUACCCCAAGAGAGUUGUUUCGAAAAGUUGAUAAAUUUCAAGGCAACAGAAAAAAAAAAUCUUUGUUUCUCGCUUUGAAAUCGAAAUAUUGUGAAAAGUGACAAAAAAAAAACACGAGCAUUAUGUUGUGGCGUAGAGCAAUCUGUAAUGGAUUUCUUGAGGAAUUUUUUUUUCUUUUAAACAAAAAAUAUCCCUCAAAAAAUUCUUACAUGUAGAGCAAUCUGUUAGUGCAGGGGCCUUAUCCUUACUGCGAGGGGUCUGUCCCGAUCUACCUCGAUCAAUAAAUUUUUUUUCUCUUCCUCUUCCAUUUUUUUUUCUCUUUUAUAUUUAAUUAUUAUAAUUUUUUUUUCAUUGAUCGGAUUAAAAAAAAAAAUCUCGAUCAAAGAUCGUCGUGAUCGGACUGACACCCGACCUUAUUAUCGUAACGCAAGGCAAUCAGCUAAUAAGUAAACUUAGUUUUUAUAGAAUAUUAAAAAAAGCAAAAAAAAAAAAAAAAGCCCUCGCCCUUCUUUCCGGGCUCGAAGAAAAAAAUUUUAAAUUUAAACGUUUAGAACGUCAAAAUAAAAAAAUAAAAAAAAAAUGGGGGAGGAUUGGUUACGAGAAACCAAGUUUUUUCUAAUCUCUCUUCUAUAAUAAUAAUUGGGCGAACACUAGAUUUUUGGAGGCAUAUUUUUUGUACUCGGUGGCAAGAUUUUAUGUAUAAAAAAAAGAGAUUAAGAAAAAUAAAAAACAAAAAAGUACGCGAGAGGGACCGCAGACUGUGCCAAAAUCGAUAUCGAGAUUCUUAAUUCAAAGCGGCUCAAAAAAAAAAAAAAAUAAAUAAAAUAAACACACGUGCCAAAUAAUAAUGGUAUAAAAACGCGUGCCAAAUUAUCCACUUUUUUGUGGAUUGCAUCAGGCGUGUUUGUGUUAUUGUAGAUCUCAAAACUUGAAAAGGUGUCGAGACUCAAACCUUGAAAUUUAAACAAAGAAAAAAUAAAAUUGAAACAUUUUUUAAUUAAAAAAAAAAAAAAUUCAAUUAUGUGAUAAAGAAAUUUAAACAUGAAAAAAAAUUUUUUAAAUCUCGGCGCUUUUUUAAGAUCAAUUUUUGCAUGUAUUUUGAGAUUAUUAAUUAAAAAUAAUAAAAAAAAGAAAAAAUUCGUACAGGUUCGUAGACCCACGUGUCGAAUGAAAGAUAUGAAAUCUAAUAAACAGGAAUAUGGGAGUGCGCGACGUCUUCCCACUUGAAUUUGUAAAUGUGUAUUCAUCUUCUUCCUAAGGCGCACUUACACCCUUUUCUGUUUUUCUUCCAUCCUUUCGACUUUCUUCCCUCUUUUCAUCCCCAAAAGCAUUGCGCGCAAAAGAAAUCUUAUCUCUUUCCAAGAGGCAAUAAUAUUCAUAUAUAUAUAUAUAUAUAUAUAUAUAUAUAUAUAUAUAUAUAUAUAUAUAUAUAUAUAUAUGAAAGAGGCGAAUUUUAAAAAGAGCGCUCUCUAGUUUCCAUGCAAGUCUGGAAUUUCUUUUUUUUUUUCUAAGACUUGAUAUUUUUCUUCCCUCUCUGCGUGUGGAAUUUUUUUUUUCUUUUCUUUUUUCGAUUUCAAUUGCCCCGCAUUUUUCAAAGAUCCUUCGUCCGUGCUCUUUCGUCUUGUACAUGCGUGUAAAGUACUAAAUAUGUGUAUAUUCUUCGGCCGAAACCAACUUAUGUUUACGAAGCCUUUAAGAAACAGGGUCAUAUAAAAAUACUUACGAUUAUAAUAAUGAGUAUUAAAUUUUUAGUGAGAAAAGACAAGAGGAAAAAAAAAACACAAUGUUAACGUAGUAGUGUGCACAGAGUGCGUUAAAACGAAGCGAAUCGUGAAGUAAAAUUUUUCUUUUUGUUUUGCUUAUAGAACUUCCGAGCAUUUUUAUAAAGUGCUUUAAUUAUAAUUGGCUCUCAAUCGAGAGAAUCAGGGAAAACGUAUUUUUUUUUAUAUAUAGAAAAAAAACUUAGUUUUUACCAUUUUUUGAAAAUUAUUUAAUUACUUAAUCAAAUUUUUGUCAAUUUAAUUAAAUAAUUAAUUAAUAAAUUUAAAUUGCGGCAAAAAUUGAGAUUGAAAUACGUUUUCAAUUAUUCUCAUCGUUUGCAAUCAAGAGAGAGAGAAAGAGCCUAGCAAAUUUUUUUUCGAUAAUUUAAUUUCCAAUAAUAAAUAAUGAUUUCGUAUUAACUUUUUUAAAAAAGCGCAAAUCGUUUUUUGGGUCUUCCAUUGAACGAUUAAUCGUCUGCGGAAUGGCAAAAGUACAUUACUCCAGGGUAAAGAAAUAGUUUUUGUAAAAUUGUCUCGUACUCAAUAUUUAUGUAACAUAAAAAAAAAAGAUUUAAAGCAGCACUUAAGAAGUGUAGAGAGGUAUGAAACUUGUAACAAUUAUACAUAUAAUUAUUAUUAUUAAUUAAAGAAAGAUGAAAGAAAACAAUUAGCGAAUGCAGUAAGAGAAUAAAAAAACGUAAUUAAAUAAAUAAAUAAAAAAAAAAACAAAAAAAAAAAUACACACACAUACACCUUACACAAAAAAAUACUGUAAUAUCCCUAUUAUAAGGACACGAGUAUAAAAAACGGUUAUCAGAAUUACGAUUUUCAAAUUCACAUAAUUUGUGAUUAUUCAGCAAAAUAUUCACAAUAUUUGUGUUUAUUUGCAAAUAUUGUAUUCUUAAUAUUUUAUUAUGAAUAUAAUUUCAUAAUAAAACAAAAAAUCUUCUUAUUAUAAAAGAAGAGAAAGUUGUCGAUUCUAAUAUGAAAAUUGAGUAUACAGAAUUUUUAUACUCAAAAUACAAUUUUCUGUGUGUAGAAAAAAAGAGGCUUGAAAUUUAAAAUCGUGAUUAAUAAAAAAAAAACACGUGAAAAAGUGCUUUAAGUUAGAAGUAAUGUAGUUAUGCGUUACAUAUCUCUGAAAAGCAAUUUUUUAUAGUGACUUUCAUUCGAUCGGGGCAUUUUUAUAUAUAAAAAUAAUAAAACAUUUUUGCACCUUUCGAAUUAAAAGUCAAAAGGGAAAAAAUUGUCAUAUAGAAAAUAAAAAACAAACAAAUCGUGUGUAUAGAUUGAAAAUAAGAAUUUAUAGGAACCUUAUAUUUGUCCAAAUGUCAGUCUACAUAUCAGACUUUUUUUAGUUUAUAAUAACAGAAAUUUUUCUUUUUGACUGAUUGAUAACCGUUUACAUUGAAAAAACAAAGAUAAUAAAUGAUCUUUUCUCCUUUUUGAACCUUCCCUUAUAUUCAACUCAACAGCUUAAUUGCUGAAAAAUAUUUAAUGUCAUUAUUCUACCAACUCUUCAAGAGACUACAUUACUUAUACCACUAUUAUUACUACUGUAUUCUAUUACUAACUACUACGCUGUUAAAACACUAAAUUACAUUUACUAUACCAUCCAUAUCACAGACAAAAAAAAGCGUUUGUUACGUCGCUGAAUAAAAAUUGUAGUUUGAUUUGCAUUACAAUAGCGAAGAACUUGAAAAAAAAUCCUUGUCAUUUUCUUUCCUUUGGUAACAAUUCAAAUUUUGAUUCACAAAAAAAAAUUUAAUUUAAAAAUUAUUCAAAAUAGUGAAAUAAAUUACAUUGUUUUUUCAUUAUCAUUACCAAAGGAAAAAAAAAUAAAUUUGCAAAGAAAUAUUAAUUUUGUAUUACAUUUUUUAAUUACUAUUUUUUUUUUUACAAAAUUUGUAUGUUGAGAGAUGACACAUUUUCAAAUAGUUUCAAAAUUUUUCACAAAUUGCUUGUUAACAUUAUUGUAACAACUGAAAGAAAAAAAAAAUGGAAUUUCCAUUGUUAGAAGUUAUGGGAAGUUUCAAAGUUUCAGAUUGUAUUGAUUUUCUAAAAUGGGCACAAACUUUAUAAAGUAUAUAUCAAAGUUUUAUAAACUUUGACAUCAAAAAUUAAAAUUUCAAAUUAGUAUUUAAAUUAAAUAAUUUUUCAAGAAUGAUUUUCAAAAAUACUCGAAAUUAAUUACUUCUUUGCAAAUAAAAUGAAAAAAAAAAAAAAUUAUGAAUUUUAAAGCCAGUCGAUUCCACGUUGUCUUCGUCAUCUUCUCCUUUGAUCCAUAUUAAUUUUUUUAAUAUAUUUCUUCCAUGAUAAUGUCUUCGUUUAAAAUAUCUGUAUCAAUUUUAUGAACUAUUGUGAUAUAAGACUAAUACAGAAUUAUUUUUUAAAUGUUCGGAGAAACGAGCGAUGCGACACGUGCAAUUGAAAGGACGUUCUCCAGCUGUGAAUUCUCGAACAAAUUUAUUAUUAAUUUUUAUUAUUAUUAAUAUUAUUUUUAUCAUUAAUAAUAAAAAUAUUAACAUUUUAAUUUUAUUAAUAUUUUUAUUAUUAAUAUUAUUAUUUUUUUUUAUUAUAUUAUUAUCUCUGUAUUUAAACUGCAUUAUAUGUUGCAUAUUUAACCGAUGAAAUUCUCGCGCGAUAUUGUUGCGUAUUUAUAUGCUGAUUGUAUUUUAUGUAAGCGUACAUUGUUGAUUAGUUGCUAUCUGAUUAAUGUAGAGAUGUGUAAAGAUCGGAAGGAGAUUUUUUUUGUUUAAAUUAAACAUUCGAAAAUUAUAUUUAUUUUUCAAAUUCAAUUUACGCUUUUAAAAGAAAAUCCUUUCGAUCUGCGGUUAUCGACUCUUGUUUGUUCUUUUAAUUUUUUUUACGACUUUCGUUUGCUCAAAGCAAUUUCUCGUUUGGAGAAAUUUACGGAGAAUACUUUGCGUUAACAAAUAAUGCUUUAGAAGGAAAAAAAAACUCUCGUUGCAAAAGAUCCCAAGUGUUAAUUAGUAGGAAGUAAUUAGUCGGGGGACGAUUUUUUUUUCUUUUUUUUUUAAUAAAGCAUCGAGGUCAAAUGGCUUCAUUGGCAUUACAUGUUGUUCUUUAUUUUUUCGCAAAGUAUUCUCCCUUAUUGAUUAUUAUUUAGUCUAGCUACGAUAAUGCGUAAGCGAAUUUUUAUUUAAAAAAAGAAAUAAGAAAAAAAAGCUAAAUUAUUUACAAAUCGACCACAAUAUUAUUUUUGCAAUAUCUGAAGGUGAGAGAGAAAAAUUUUAUUUAAAAAAAAAAAUUUAUCAAAAACUUGUUAACUUAGUGUGUAAUUAUUUAAAUUUGUCGACGAUAUUUAUUAUUAAUAAUAAACUAAACAUCUUUUGUUUUUAUCGAAAAAAUUUGUUAGUUUUUUUUUUAUAAAUUUUUCUCUUUUCGCUUUUAUUUGUAAUAUAAAAUAAAUUAGGGUCGAAAUAUUUAGCGACGUAUAUUUGUUUACUCGAUAUUCGAUUGAUUACUUGUAAAUAGUAAAAAAAAAAAAAAAAAAAACAGAAUCGUCAUAAUUUAUUUGAUGAUGUUGUUUAAAAGUCUGGAGAAAAAAAAAUUCGUACUGUAUAAAACCAUUUUUUUUUCAUCGUCGGUGUAAAAGAAAUCAUAAAUUUCAUUUCCCGACCAAGUAAAAAAAUGCGAAUUAAUUAUACGAUUCACAAUUAAUCGUGAAAUAAAAAAAGAAAGAAUGAAAGAAUAUUGAAAACUCGAAACACUCAACACUUUUACACAUACUUUACAAGUACACAUACACACAAAAAAUGCAUUGUCUUUGAAAAGACAUUUUGCGCUCUUGACAGUAAAAUAUCAUUUAAAAAAAUAUUUAAAAAAAAAUACACAGCAUAUGUUGUUUUACCGGUGAAAGGAAACAAAUAAAUAAAGAAAAUAAAGGGAAAAAAAUACAAAAAAGAUCACAAAUUGCUACCGCUCGAUAGUAAUUUAAUGUUUGUAAGGGCAAUAACAAUUGUAAAUUUCGAGUACACUGUAUUUGAAUGUGUAAGUUGCAUAAAAAAGACAGAUUUUUUAGAUAUUGCACUGUAACGUUUAUUAUUCUAAGAUAACAAUAUUCAUGACGACUGUAACAUCGUGGCUCACGAAUUCUCGUAAAUAAAAAGUAGACAAACAUUUUAUUAAGACGCAUGUAAAAAAAAGAAGAAAAUAUUGAACCGCAGACAAUUUAGCAAUCAGAGAAAAAUAGACAUUAAAAUAAAACUUUUUGUGAGACAACCUAUCCUUGUGUAACAUAAUAUAUAUGGAAAAUAUUAAUUAAAGAAAAAGAAGAGAGAAAUGUAUAAUUAUAAGAGACAAAAAAAAUAUGUCUAUUUGUAAAGAAUUGAAUUGAGAGCCACGAGAAUGCAAUCGCCAAUGGCAAGUAUAAAUGAAUAUUAUUAUUAAAAAAAAAAAAUACAAAAAAAAAAAAUAAUAAAAAUAUGAAAGAAAAAGUAUAUUGUUCUUUCCAAAUACGAGAAAAGCAAGAUUUUUAGUGUUUACACUACGAUUGAUAAACAAUUCUAUUAUUACAUAAUAUUAUAUUAAUAACAAUAUUAUUAUUGUAAUAUGUUUGUUUUUGGUUAUUAAAGUGUGUAUAUAGCAA